AUGAUGUUUCAUGGCACGCCCCAAAACCUCUUGAGAGACGAAUCCGGGGCAAUUCUUGUAACGAUUGGGCGGGAAAGAAGCUUUAGAAAGCUACGAAAGAAAACGGAGGAUGCCAAACUUGCCAUCUCGUCCGUAUUUAACAGCUUUUUAGCCCAUCGGCUUCAGGUGCUCCAAUUUCGGAGUAUUCUGCUUUCUCCAGCCUCUGCCUGUGCACCAAUCUUGAAUGGGGAUGGUCGGGCUUUUCUGGAGUUUCUUGCUUUCAUUAAUGGCUUGAACAUCGAUUACCGGCCUGGUGCAAGCAAUUUAAAGCACACACUUUGCUUUCUUUAUUUCACCUUCUUUUCUUUGGGAUUAUCAACCAUUCCUGGGGAUGUUUUUGAUGGCUCUUUUAUCUCCUUUGAUAUGUCCAAACGCCUCUGCGAAUUUGUAUGUCAUUCGCUUUUGAACUCGGCUGGUUCUCAAACCUUGAAUCCGCAAACAAAUACCAUCAUUCUUAGGGUUGUUGAAAUGGCUCUUCUUGUAAUCUUUCCUGAUGACCAAAGAUGUGUUUUGGCUCUUUUAAAUGUCUCGGCCAAGUUUUGCACGUUAGAUAAGCUAUUGGUGUCAAAUUCUACGCUCGUUGACCACAUCUAUGCUUGUCUGGUGAAAAUUGAGCUCCCACCGGAUUUACUUUCUGACGUGUGUUUAAAGCUUGUUCAGUUUCUUGGUCGCGAUCCGCUUGUUUUUAAAAGCCUUGUUGUUGACCUUUUUGUUGCUUUAAACAAGCGCAAAUCGUUUCUUCUUUCCAAUGACCAUUUUCUCGAAAUAUUCACACGCAUUCGAGAUUCAGAUAUCAUUCAAGACUUCAAUGAGGCUGAUGAAGAUAGUGCCCUGUACAACAGCCCGGUCCAUGUUGAUUUUGCCCGUUGGUUUUUCGCCUCUUUCUUUGCAGCAGCCUCUAUGGGAAAUUUGACCUCGCAUCGUUGUGAUCUCCUUUACGGGUAUUCUAUCCGGAUAAUCUUGAGUUUGUUCGAACUACUCCGUCAAAAGGGAGGCCCUUCCUCCUGGUUAUCUGAGCUUUCCUGCGUUUUAAAACCCUUUCCACCAUAUAUUUCAUAUGGCAGUAUAGCGCUGAUGGUCCAUUUUGACGCCUUAUUUUCGUAUUUUGAUUUUGAAUUUAUGUAUCCCCCCCAAUAUGGUACCCUAGACUUUGCGGAUGCUUUUUUUCAUAUCAAAGAUAUGCCUUUUUCUUCGCUGAUUUCGCUGAUUUAUUAUCAAAUGCAUGGAAUUCUGCAGAGACGCUCCGGUCACACCGAAAGCCUUUCCUUUUCAUUUUCCGCUUUAAAUCUUCUAUUCAUUCGUAUCAUUCCAUCAAAGAUUUCCCCAUUGAUCGGUCGCAACUCUGUAUUUUAUACCUUCCUGCUUUACAAGAUUUCUACGUUCAUCCGAAGACUGCUGGCAUCAAGUCACAUUGAAAUUUCGUAUGGAACUUCCACUAAUUUGCCCGGCGCGUGCUUUAUUACCAUUCCAAAGACCAAGCAGAGAUUUGAUCUUUCUCCGCUUUCCAAAUUUAUCGCUGAAAAUUGCCAAAUUUUCACUUCCAUUUUUAAAGCCUGCUCGACGGGGACUUGUGCCCCGUCGCUUGUGUUCCUUGAAGAUGACGCCGAAUAUAUUUCCAAAUUAUCGACUGUUUUGCUGCCUUAUUUUGUUAGAGUCAGCGAAAUUCGCCCCGAAAAGCUCAUCAUACGAAAUGGAUUUGCACUUCAAGAUGGGCUAAGACACUUUGUGCUUUCAAGGGAAGGCUAUUUUUCCUCCUCUCCCUGGUUUAUCAUCUUUACUGACGAGAAUGGAACCCCGGAGCCCGGUGCAGACGGCGGUGGGCUUUACCGACAAUUUUUGAGCGAAUCUCUUUCUAGUGUUCUUGAUCCAAAAAUGAAAUUUUUCGAAGAGAUCCAUUCUAAAGAGAAUUACUUGUCUUCAGCCCUGAUUUUCCCCUCUUUUGAAGAACCUUGCUCAGACUUUCUGUUGUCUCUUUUCAACGACCCUUUUUUGUGUGAUGUGGAUACCAUUUAUAGGUACAUGGGGCAUUUGCUUGGGCGCAUCGUUUUGGCCCGUCUUCCUUUAAGCGGUUUGCACAUUAAUAUGCGCUUCCCGCUCUCUUUUUGGUGCCAGUUGCUUUCUUUACCAUCGCUUCCCGAGUGCAAGAUUAAUGAGAUGCGCGAAAUUGACUCUUUUUAUCUGCUCCAACUGCUCAGCCUGGAUCACACACUGAAGAGCAAAUCAAUUUCGCCUGAUGAACUGGCCAUUUUUAAUGAUGAAGGCCUUUUGGUUGAUGAAAACAAUUUCCCCUGCUAUCUUUUCUCCUCAAUUCAAAAGAAAGUAUCCAGGCCUCAAAUUGCCAAAAUCGCUCUCGGAUUUUUCUCUCUGGUGCCGCCAGAGAUUUUUUCAAUCUUCAAUGCCACCGAAAUCUCUUGCAUUAUUGAUGGCAGAUAUACGCUAGAUCCUGAAAAUGGAAGGAUCUCGAUGGACCCCUCAGCAGACCGUUUUUGCAUCGAUUUGAAUGACUGGCGAGAGAACACCGUAUAUGUUCUGCCAUAUACCUCCCAAGAUCCCACGAUUGUUCUCUUUUGGAAUCUCUUGAGCAAAUGGGAGGGAAAAGAUCUCUCUUCGUUGCUGAGAUUUUGCACCGGGUAUGGCUCUGGACCUUACUUGGGCUUCAAAGAGUUCAACCCGCUUUUCUGCAUUGGAUAUGGAGGCGCAUCUCCAGAACGGCUCCCAACAGCCUCUACAUGUGUCCACAUGUUAACAUUGCCAGAGUACGCUUCUGAGGAUGUAAUUGAGAUCAGGCUUCGAACCGCGAUUGGAUGCCAAAGAUUCUUGCUUUCUUGA